GAACAGACCAAGUCUGCGUUUGAACUCGUCCUCUCACGUCGAUGCUUCAUGGUUCUCGCCACUCGAGAGCCCUGUACAAAUCAUGUCGACAAAUUGUCACCCGUGUCGCGCCCCGGCGCAGCCUCCUUACCCUUGCGAUUGAGACCUCCUGCGACGACACCUGCGUCGCCAUCCUUUCAAAAUGCUCCACGACAAAUGAGCCGCAACGAGUGAAGGCGCGACUGCUCUUCAAUGAAAAGAUCACUGCCAAAAAUACCGGCAAAGGCGGCAUCCUUCCCACUGAGGCAUUGGAGAGCCACCAGUCGAACCUUUCGAAAUUGCUGGAGAAUGCGCUCUCCUCCCUACCCGCCGCCCACGAUGCGCUCCCCCAUGCAAGGGGAAUAUGGCUCCGAGAUGGCGCGCCGAAACAAAAGCCAGACUUUAUAUCGGUAACGAGGGGACCCGGGAUGUCAGCUAAUCUUGGUGUCGGGUUGGCCACGGCCAAAGGUCUCGCGACGGCAUGGCAGAUACCGAUGGUCGGCGUCCAUCACAUGCAAGCCCACGCUCUGACACCAAGGCUCGUCCAUGCAAUGACAGAAGAUGGACGUCUCGAACAAACCUCACUGAAUCCAGCCUUUCCAUUCCUAACGUUGCUGGUUAGUGGCGGACAUACAAUGCUGCUCUUAUCAAAAGGCCUGGUAGACCAUAAGAUAUUGGCCACAACUACCGACACAGCCGUGGGCGACGAGUUGGACAAGUGCGGACGUCUGAUCCUUCCCCAAGAACUGCAGCAGAGCACACCUGAUACUGCGUUUGGAAAGUACCUCUCACGCUACGCCUUCAAGGAUCCAGCAGAGUUCCAGUCCUGGGAAGUGCCUCAGACACGGGUUGAAGAGGUCCACAAGCCAUCGAACGAGUUUGGAUGGAGAUUGACUACCCCAAUGUCUCAGAACAGAGAUCUGGCCUUUAGUUUCUCGGGCAUUGCGAGCCAGAUCAAAAGGCUCAUACUUGCACGAGCCGAAACUGGUCUAAUGGAGGAGCAGGAGCGGACAUUAUUGGCUCGGUCAGCCCUGGGCACAGCGUUCGAGCAUCUGGGCUCGCGGACCAUCAUUGCGUUGGAGAAACUCCGAGCAGAGGGUGUCGAAAUUCCCACCCUGGUGGUGAGCGGAGGCGUUGCGGCGAACGACUUCUUACGCUAUUAUCUACGGAGACUUUUGGACUUGCGUUCCUUCGAGCGAAUGGGCCUGGUCUUUCCGCCCAUUGAGCUUUGCACGGACAACGCUGCGAUGAUUGGAUGGGCGGGGAUGGAGAUGUUCGAGGCUGGAUAUACAACGGACCUUGGCUGCGCGCCGGUGAAAAAAUGGACGAUGGACAGCCAAGGGCCAGAUGGAGGGAUCCUGGGGAUUGGAGGCUGGGUAACGAACUAGCCAUGCGUAGCAAAAUGAAGAUUCAAGAAAUUGCCGUUUCGACGAGAUAAGGCU